GCGGACAUGUUGAUUUGGCCGGUGCUUAUCUCCGAUAUAUUAGAUGCAUUCUAGAAAUGAAUCGUUAUUCGUAUCAGUCUCUGUAAAUUCCUAUGGCUAUUUCUUAUGCAUUUAAAAGUCUUUCAUACUCGUUGUCCGUUGACGAACCAAGUUCCAAGUUAUAUUCGCUUUAUGUUAUUAUGUAUUAAACACAAUGGCUCGCAGUAAAGUUGAUCAAGUCUAUCGUCGAUUACUGCUGACAAAAUUUUUCGUUAAGGGAUGGGGUAAACCAGAAAACCUUCAUCGCAUCUUCACAUUUAGGAAGAAGAUGGCGGACAAGAACUUGUGCUAUUCUCUCGUGGACCCUUUAACUCCAGUUACUAUCUCAAAGAAACAAAUAAGAAGAUCGUACGUUUUAUAUGAAGGACACUUCAUGUCUCCCUUCGACCUGCACCUGCCUGGCCUGCUACCUGAGGCCAGUCGGAAGGCUCACUUCCAGAUGAUCCUACCUCACAAAUGGGCUAAGGACGAUUACCGACCUGUUUGUAUCCAGCUUGCUGGCACCGGCGACCAUGGCUUCUGGAAGCGACGUACGUGGAUGGCCAAACCUCUGGUUCGCGACUACGGUAUAGGCUCAAUCCUGCUCGAGAACCCUUUCUAUGGGCUUAGAAAGCCCCCCGAACAGAGGCGGUCCAGUCUGCUGAACGUGUCAGAUCUGUUCGUGAUGGGCGGAUGUCUCAUCUUCGAGUCGAUGGUGCUGCUGCACUGGUGUCUGCGGCAGCGUCUGGGACCUGUGGGGCUCACCGGCAUCAGCAUGGGCGGACAUAUGGCAUCGCUGGCAUGCUGCAGCUGGCCCCGACCCAUCCCCCUGGUGCCAUGCCUGUCGUGGACCACCGCGUCUGGGGUCUUCACGCAGGGAGUGAUGAGUGGGGCCAUCAACUGGGAGCUUCUGAAGGACCAAUAUUUCUCCAACGAGGCCUUCAGGGACGAACUUUUUAACCUGAUCCACUCACCGGAGGGGCAUUUCUCCAUCUACCACGAAGUUGGCCAGAAGUUUGCACGAUUAUAUCCUGACAUCGACGAAGCUAAUAAUGGUGACGACACACACACAACACAAGCACACGACACCCCAGCACACACAACACAAGCACACACAACACAAGCACACACAACACAAGCACCCUCUCCCGAACUGCUGCGUGUCAGUUCAUCUUCAGAUCCUGCUGAGAAAAAUUCCCACGAGUCCCACAAAUGCGCUCCUAUUACGUCUUCGUCUCCCAAUGCAACACUUGAUUGCAGUUCAAACACUGCCAGGAAAACGGUGCAGGACUCGGCAGGAUAUGCGAGUUUUCAGGCUGACGGUAUUACACAAGUUGGUUUCACCGAGAGUCUCAAACAACACGAUGAUUUGAAUUUUUUGAGUGCUUCAAGCUGUGGUUUUUCUUCUAGUAACAAUGUGAAUAGCUCUAACAAUGGCAACACAGUCGAAGACUUUUUAAAUUCGCAGAAUAAAACUUCAAAUGUAGAUGAAUAUUUGUAUGCAAACUCUUCUCAUACGUUGAGUGAAUGUUCGAGGUCACAUGUUGCUCAUACACAUAGUAAAUCUUCGGGAUAUUCUCAUCUCGACGCUCAAAGCAACGACCUUAACUCCUUGAACGUCGUCAGUCCAGCAAAGUGCACUAACCUCACAGAAGAACUUUGUACCUACAACUCCACUACCAGCGAGAGAGUGAUGGACUCUUGCGGUGGUAGUGGUAGUUCUGUGAUGGUUCCUCUUGUCGGUCCCCUAGCAUCCCGUCUUGGUGCAACAAAACCUGACUCCAUCCCUACUGCUCCCAGCAGCUCUGGAGUAGGUCUGGGAGCCGCUGCUUCAGGCGCCGGUUCAGGCGCUGGUCCAGGCGCCGGUUCGGGCACUGGUUCAGUCGACAGAGUCGCAAGCUCAGGCUCUAGUCGAGUGUUUGUGAGCAGCAAACAAAGCGCCGAGAAAUUCACUCGCACUCUCCUGACAUCGUUAAAUCCUCUUAGUAUUAUAGGGAUUAACGGCUCAAACACGUCAAGUAUUACUGAUGCCCAGCCUAGCUCUGACGUCACAUCACCGACAGCCAGCAAAUCCGAACACCCCAAAUAUCGCCUCGAUGUUCUCCUUGGCCGAUAUCUGAAGGAGUCCACGCAGAAAAUCUUCUCCUCUUCGUCGUCUCUGUUCAGUCGGGAUCCCGCGGCGGGGAAGCCUGUGGGGGACAAGGAAGACCCUCACUUAGGCUUCACCCCCGUGGGGAUCAGACCCGCGACUUCCCCACACCGCAAUCUGGUGUCCUUCAAGCCUUAUUUCACCGUCAAAGAUCCCCUCACCUGGGAAGCCGUGCAGUUCAUGCGAGGGAUCAUGGAUGAGUGCACCCACGUUGCCAACUUCGGGCAUCCAAGUGACCCCGAGUUGAUUAUCAUCAUCCAGGCCAUCCGCGAUGCGUAUGAACCGAGCGACACGAUGACGCCGCUGGACGCCGUGUGGCCGGGAGCUGAGCUGCGCACGGUCGACGCGGGGCACAUCGAAGCGUUUGUUCUGCACCAGCAGCUGUUUAGGGAGGCGAUCCAGGACGCGUUCGUGAGGGCGUAUGAGCGGCACGGGCUGACGGAGGACUGGACGCAGGGCGGCGCGCCGUGCAUCGCCCCUGACGAGCUGUGACGUAUUGUGUCCCUGACGAGCUGUGACGUAUUGUGUCCCUGACGAGCUGUGACGUAUUGUGUCCCUGACGAGCUGUGACGUACCUUAACAAAAUUUAGAGUCGCCCCAGCUUCUGGUAAUCGAAAUCAGAAGCUGCCGCGCUGUAAAUUUUCACUGGGUACUGUGUCUCGCCUCAACUUGCUGCCAGCCUCAGAUAUAAAUUGCGUAAAGCUUGUAAGAUACAACUUUUACAGUCUGACAUUAUGAUAUUUUAUAAGAAAAUUUGCUAAAGAAUGUCAUUUUAUUGUAGUGAUAAAUAUUGACAAUGAAAAUUUUCUGAGGAAUUCAGGGUCGUUUGCGGAGACCUCGACUUUCUUCAGGAAAUCUGCUAAUUUAUUAUAUAAUAAAAUAUAUUUUCAAAGAAGAGAGAAGAAUAAUUAAAUGUGUAUGUGGCGAGCCUAGACAGAAUUUCAUACCAAUUUUUAUGUAUAUUUUCGUAAUGGAGUUCUAAGUUCCAGUUGCUGGUUCGGUAGUUUGCCAUCGUAGGGUCGUUGAAAUAACUUAUUUGUUAGGCAUGAUAUAUAUUCUUUUCGUAGAACUGAACGUAAAUGUUUCCAUGGAUGUUAUUCGUUCCUGGAAACUUGUAUUGUUUUUUGAUGUGUGUUGUUGAAUUUAUUUAAUACAAGUUAAGAUAUAUUCGAAGGUAUGCGAGUGUGCCGACCUUUGAUGUGUGGUUUCAACUAACAUUUUUCAGUUCUCGCGUACAACGAUUGCAGUCUGUGGAGAUAUAAUGAAAUUUCGUUGCUUUUCCUCAAUUAUUUUCGAUAUUUGAUAUUUAAUUUUAUCUUGGACUCAUUGUUUGAUUAACAUAUCCUCAUCAUUAUUUCUGGUGUUGGUUGUCUUAAGUUUAUUAAACUGUUUAUCGUUCUGUUUAAAAUCCAAGCCGAUGUAGACGGUGAAAUUAUUUUGUUGAUUUUCGUUCAGAAGUUGAGACAAUUGAUCCGAGUUGUUGAUACGAUUUCACUUUCUCGAUGUAGUCCACGCGUGGGUGGCGUGGUCGUUUCUAUUCUUGCACAAGAUAAUUCAAUUCAACAAUAAGUAGCACCGUCAAAUGCUGUGGAUUAAAGAACAGAAAUUAAAAGUGAACUUGUUAAUAGAUCUAAAUUUUAGUAUCUUCAUGACUAGACUGUAAUUUUGAUACUAAAUUUUAUUCAUACUAGUGUGGGUGUGGCGUAUUUAAUGUUAGAAAGAACAUAGUUGAACGUCAUCAGUUUUGCAAUUGUGUGUUUCUGCUCUUCACUGUUCAAUUUCAGAAGUUUUAUGUUUACUACAAAAUGAUUUAUAAAUGGAUGGUAUUUUUGACGCUUGUCCAAAGUUGAGGAGUUGCGCUUCAAGCCGCAAAUUUACAUUACAUGUGCAGAGAAUAGAAAAAUAACGUUUUGUCGUUUAAAGUUUAUUAAAGAAAGAUGUGAAGUCAUUCAGCUAAAUACCAGUUACCCCUAUCAUAAUUAACAAGGACGAGUGAUUGGUAUAACUUCAAAUUUAUUCUUGGUAUAAUGUACUUUAUUUAAACGCUACAAAAAUUCAAUUUGCUGAUCGCCUUGAAUCAAUAUCAUCGCUAAUUAUAUUCGCUAAUAAUAAUGAUUUAUUUAUGUUCAAUGUUAAUUAAUACAAUACUCGAAAUUUAUUUGUUAUUGCACGAUAAUUCAUUGGAUGUUUACCCGAAAUAGGAUGUAAUUUUAAUAUGUCGCUUUCGUUAAGGUUAUUUGGUCGAUAGUCAAGAAACUAAUAUCGUGGCUAAGGAUGUACAUCAAUAAGAGGGUU